AUGGCGCCAAAAGCCCAGUCAAAGGCCACAAAAGCCACGGCAAAGUCGGCUCCAAAAGCGGCGUCGAAGGACAACGGAAAGAAGCCGGCAACCAACGGAGUCAAGGUCGAGGCUCCAAAGCGUGGCACCAAGCGAGCCAAAGAGGUGGAUGAGGAAGAGGACGAGCUUCGAGAAGACGAUUCUGAGGCCAAAGAUGCUGCGGCUCCGCUCCCCGAUGUGAAGAGACGCAACGGAAAGGGACGCGCUGCAUCGACUGAGCCCGCAGGUGAUCUCGACAUGACCGACGGAACGGCGCGUCCGAUCAAGCGCAGUCGACGCGCUCCCACACCUGCAGGCCCUAUCAAUUCGGUUCCGCGACCCAUUCAACCUGUGCAUGCCGGCGACGUGACCGAAGGCAUCGCCGUCGAAGUCAGCAACGGCACCCUCACUACUGAAGGAAAGGGAGCAGUGCUACCUCGAAAACUCUUUGUUUGGGGAUCAGGUGAUGCCGGUCAGUUCGGAGUCGGCCCUCCCGAGGACGACAAGCCGAACAAGCUUAACAAGCCAAAGCCGUUCGGCAACAAGGAGAUUUCGAUGCAGAUCGAUGAUGGAGACUUUGGUCAAGGCGGUAUUGAGGUGAUCGUCGGCGGUGGCAUGCACUCGGUCCUGAUCGACAGCCUUGGCCGCAUCCUCACUUCGGGUGCCGAGGACUACGGCACACUCGGACGCAAACACCGCGGCGAUGCUGGCGAUGCUGAAGAGUCGUACUUCAACUUUUCUCCCGUCGAGGGACUCUCACCUACCGGCAAGGGCGUCAAUCCCAUCGAUGGGAAAGAGGGUGAUGUCGAAAAGUAUCGUGCGACCAGGGUGGCUUCUGCCGACGCUGCCGGGGCAGUGCUCGACGAUCAGGGCCGCCUUCGCUCUUGGGGAUACUUCAAGGAUGGCGAGGGACGCGUCUGCUUUGCGGACUCGGACGCGCCGGGCCGCAACAGGGAGCAGUGGUACCCCAUCGCUUUGCCAGGUAUCGAGAACGAGACAUUCGCGGCAGUGGCAGCGGGAGAGAAUCACUUCCUCGCGCUCUCGCUCAACGGAAAGGUCUACUCGUGGGGAACCAACACUUGCUAUCAGCUCGGCCGCAGCUCGAACCCGCGUAGGGUGGCUCAGAAGUUUUCCACGGGCGAACCUCCAAAGGAGUGUGACCUGACACCCACACCCAUGGUCGGUCUGGCGGAGUGCAAGAGAAUCUUUUGCGGCCUCACCAACGGUUUUGCGGUAGAGAAGAGCGGCAAGGUUGUCGGCUGGGGAUUGAACACCAAGGGACAGACAGGAACCGGCUUGAAGGCAUCCAAGAUCUCCACCCCACACGUCAUUGCGUCGCUCAGCCCAGUGCGUCACAAUGGUGCCGAGGUGGUACAAAUCGUAGGUGGCAACUUCCACACUGCCUUCUUGCUUUCAAACGGCGAGGUUUACAUCUGCGGCGACAGUGACGAGGGCAAGCUAGGUCUUUCGGCCGGACAUGCAGCUCUUAAAGGUGCCACUGCGUCCAAUCCGAUCGUCGUCCGCGAACCUACACUUGUGCCGUUCCCAGCACCACCUUCGUGGGCACCCGAAUCGGCAAAGACCAAGGACGGCAAGACCAAGAUCGUGGCGCUCAGUGCCGGCAUGCGCUUCACGCUCGCAUUGGCGGCUGACGGCACCCUGUACUCAUGGGGUACGACGUCGGACGAUGCGCUCGGUCACCCAGCGGACGAUGUUGGCGGAAACCAGAGCAAGGAUACACCCACAGCAAUCGCCAUGCCCGGUCAGCCUGGAGCCUGGCGCAUCAUGGCCGCUGCCACGGCUGGUCAGCACUCGCUAGCCAUCGCUGUGAAGCCGCCUCAGGACGAUUGA